CUUCGACUCAUCUCUCACUUCGCGAAGUGGAGCCGCAGUAGUGAUGGCGCGGUGGUGGAGAGGCGGCGCAGGGUUUAUCCGGGCGGUGCCACCGCCGCUGUGGCAAUGGACUGCAGCCUCCGAAUACUGCCAGACGAUCCAGGCGGUGCCGAGGGAGCAUAUUGGGGGCCGUUACAACGCCAUGCAGCUUGCCGCAGGCAGGAUCCCCACGAGGAUUAUCACCCGGCGCGAAGGCGGACGCGAAAUCACUAACUUGCAGCGCCUGACCGCAGAUACAAAGCAAAUCGGUGAAUUCCUCGAGCGGUCACCGUACUUCUGCUCCACUCCCGUCAAGCUCCAAAUCCUUGCCGGGCCCAGCUCCGUUGCUGUCCUUCAAUCCGGCACUGUUCUACCCCUUCAGGUCAAGAAAAAUAAGACAGGGCAAAUUGUAGGCUUGGUGUUGCAAUGGGCAGAGAAAGGCUCUGUGUUGAACGUUGACGUGCCUGUGAUCUUCAAGGGAGAGGAUGUCUGCCCUGGAUUGAAAAAAGGUGGUUAUCUUCUCAAAAAUAGAACCAGUCUUGAAUACCUCUGUCCUUCAGAACACAUCCCUCAAAAAAUUGAGGUGGAUUUAUCAAAAUUGGAUAUUGGAGGCAAAGUUUUAGCGCGUGAUGUUUUACCCCACCCUUCGCUGAAGUUGAGGAAGAUAGUUGGCUACAAGCCAAUUUGUAAGAUUUUAGCAGCAGAGCCGAAGGACCCAAAAACUAAGCUUGGAUGGAAGGAGACCAAAACAGAUGACCCAGCAAUGAAGCUUGGACGGAAGGAGACCAAAACAAAUGACUCAACAACUAAUCUUGGAAGAAAGGAGACGAAAACAAAUGAACCAAAAACUAAACCUGGAAGAAAGGAGACCAAAGCAAAUGAUCCAAAAGCCAAACUUGGAAGAAAGGAGACUAAAACGGCAGUAGGUGAAGCCUAAUUAAUAUGCUCAGAUCCUUAAAUCUCGUGGAAAAUUCAUUUGUAGUAUUUGUAGUAUGAAAACUUGUUUUCUACUACGGAAUGUUCCCUAUGAUUGGUAUGAUAUAAGACUAAAAUUAGUGAGCUUGAAUUUCCUAUGAUGGAAGAAAUGAAAUCUUCCUUUUGCUGAGUUUUACAA